AUGGCACCCGUCGUGGAGGAAUGGGAGAGCCGAGGGGAGGAGUGGGCGGCCAAUACGGCGCGGCUGUGGACGCAAUACUACGCCACCGGCAAGGGUCGCAUCUAUCGCGAACGCGCCUACGUCGACUGCGGCCAACGAUGCUCGAGCAUGGCCCACCUUGGGCGCCUCGUCGCUGUCGACGAAACGAGGCUCAACAAUGAGGAGGGCAUAGAUGACGCAGAGAGGAAGAAGGAACCCCGACCGACGUCACUGGGCCAGUUGCCUCGCGAGAUGGUGCGCAUGCUGCUGCUCUGCCUAGGCAGCCAUCGGCGGCCGCCGUCGCCUCCCGACACCGUGCCGUGGAAGCAGCUCAACAACGGCGACGAUGGUUUGCCAGCCGACUGGCGGUCACGUCUGCCUCUUCAGCCUUGA